GGGUAUUUCGAUGUCCGCGAUAAUCAGGACAAGUGGAUCCGAAUUCUGGUCGAAAAGGGAGACCUAUUGAUACUUCCGGCCGGUAUUUACCAUCGAUUCACUCUCGACAACAAUAACUACAUAAAAGUGAUCCGUCUGUUUGUUGGCGAACCCGUUUGGACACCCAUUAACCGACCGGCGGACACACACCCCGCGCGAGUCCAAUAUUUGGCUGAUUUGACAAAAGUUGCCUAAAAGUGAUAAACAAACCUAUUGUCCGGGUUUUAGGUUGUUUUCAAUUGUAUUGAAAACAAUUUUUUCUUAUAGUUUUUGUAUAAUGUUUUCGAAACCAGAAC